AAAUGACAUUUGAAUCAAUUCAACGCUUGAUUAUUGAUGCCGGCUCAUUGCGAAAUUGAACCAAACAAAAGAAGCACGCAAUUUGACCGAGUUCCACUUAAAACGAAUGUAAUUCAAAGGAUUGUGAGGAAAAUAUAAAAAUUUAACAUGAAGCUCAGCGUGGAUGGUUUAUUGGUGUACUUUCCGUAUGAGUAUAUCUAUCCCGAGCAAUAUGAGUAUAUGCUGGAGCUCAAGCGAACUCUUGACGCAAAGGGUCAUUGUUUACUGGAGAUGCCUUCAGGGACUGGCAAAACUGCCACUUUGCUGUCAUUCAUUGUUGCGUACAUGAUGGAAAACCCAAACAUCAUCCGAAAACUGGUUUACUGUUCGCGUACCGUGCCCGAAAUUGAGAAAGUAAUCGCCGAAUUGAAAACAUUGAUGGAAUAUUACGAGAAAAAUUCAACGAUACAGCCAAAUAUGACCGGUUUAGUGCUGAGCUCACGUAAAAACAUGUGUAUUCAUCCCGAUGUGAGCAAAGAACGUGAAGGAAAAUCUGUCGAUGGCAAAUGCUAUGGACUGACAGCUGGUCAUGUACGUGAACGGGCCAAACGUGAUGAUACAGUGCCAGUUUGUCAAUAUUACGAAGGUUUUGAUAUUGAAGGGCGCGAAUCGGUUUUGCCGGUUGGCAUUUACAAUUUGGAUGAUCUGAAACAGUAUGGUCGUGAUCGAAAUUGGUGUCCAUACUUUACCGCUCGUUAUGCCAUCAACAAUGCACACAUCAUCGUUUACAGUUACCAUUAUUUGCUAGAUCCGAAAAUUGCCGAAGUCGUUUCAAAGCAGCUUUCGCGUCAAGUGGUCGUGGUAUUCGAUGAAGCUCACAAUAUCGACAAUGUUUGUAUCGACUCCAUGAGUGUUAAAAUUAAUCGCAGAACCAUCGAACGUGGUACGACUGCGUUGGGAAAAUUGGAAGCAUAUGUCAAAGAAUUCAAAGAAGAAGACGAGAAUCAAUUACAAAGAGAGUACGAAAUGAUGUUGGAAGGUCUACGAAAAGCGAGCGAACAAAAUGACGCUGACAUGUUUUUGGCGAACCCAAUUCUCCCGGAUGAUGUGCUAAAAGGAGCUGUUCCCGGUAAUAUAAGAACUGCAGAUCACUUCUUGAGCUUUAUGAAGCGAUUGAUUGAAUACAUAAAAACAAGACUGCGCGUACAGCACGUGGUCCAAGAAACUCCCGCUCGAUUCCUCAAAGACAUUCAACAGAAAGUGUGUAUCGAACGAAAGCCACUCAGAUUUUGUGCUGAACGUUUGGCAUCACUGAUGCGAACAUUAGAAAUCACCGACAUGACUGAUUAUGGUGGAUUGGUUGUUAUUUCCCAUUUCGCCACAUUGAUUUCAACAUACACAAAAGGAUUCACAAUUAUCGUAGAGCCAUUCGACGAUAAAACGCCAACCGUUAUCAAUCCAAUUUUGCACUUCAGUUGCCUGGAUUCGUCGAUUGCCAUGAAACCGAUUUUCCAACGAUUUCAAAGUGUUGUUAUCACAUCUGGUACAUUGUCACCCAUCGAUAUGUAUCCAAAGAUUCUCGACUUUCAGCCGGUUCUGAUGAGUUCAUUCACAAUGACACUUGCUCGACCAUGUUUGCUACCGAUGAUUGUAUCAAAAGGAAAUGAUCAAGUGGCGAUAUCAUCAAGAUUUGAAACGCGUGAAGACACGGCCGUCAUCAGAAAUUAUGGGCAACUUUUAGUGGAAACAGCACGUGUAGUCCCAGAUGGAGUUGUCUGUUUCUUCACAUCGUAUUUGUACUUGGAAUCAGUGGUGGCUUCGUGGUACGAUCAGGGAAUCGUUGACCAACUUCUGAAGCAUAAAUUGUUAUUCAUCGAAACUCAAGACAAUGCAGAGACGUCAUAUGCAUUAAUGAAUUAUGUGAAAGCAUGUGAUUGUGGCAGAGGUGCCAUAUUGUUGGCUGUUGCACGAGGAAAAGUGUCCGAAGGAGUGGAUUUCGAUCAUCAUUACGGAAGAGCUGUACUCAUGUUUGGCAUUCCAUACGUUUACACACAAUCGAGAAUAUUGAAGGCACGUUUGGACUACCUGCGAGAUCAAUUCCAAAUUCGUGAAAAUGAUUUUCUUACAUUCGAUGCCAUGCGGCAUGCAGCUCAGUGUGUGGGUCGUGCCAUUCGUGGUAAAACCGAUUACGGUAUUAUGAUAUUCGCCGAUAAGCGAUUCUCUCGCCAGGACAAACGAUCUCGUUUACCGAAAUGGAUUCAAGAGCAUCUAACCGACAACUAUGUCAAUUUAAGUACGGAAGAAGCGAUGCAAACGGCCAGAAGAUGGUUGCGUCAAAUGGCGCAGCCAUUUUCACGUGAAGAUCAACUGGGUGUUUCACUGUUAACACUGCAACAACUUGAGGCGAUGGAACGUGAAAAGGCCAAAAACAAAAAUAUCGAAGGCAAUGAUUCUGACAAAGCAAAUAAUGGCAAAGAAGGCAACGGCAAAAAUCAUGACGAUGAUGACUACGAUGAUGAUGCCGAAAUGAUGGAAGUUUAAGACCCAUCUGAACACAUGUGUUACUCUUUCGAAAUAAAAAUAUUUUAUUGUCGUUUCUAAUCAA